CAAGUGAGACAAAUAGCAGACGAUUUGACCACUCUGUAUAAAGUUGAAAGUCAUUUAGUUCGUGCCUUCUAGUCGAGACGGAUCGUCUACAAGAUCGACAGAAAACUGUGAAUUAUUGACACGUGAUCACAGAUUAUUAUUUCACGAACAACUAUUAAGCAAAAGUUUUUGUUUCGAAAGGAAAUAUCAAGCAGAAUAAAAAAGCCUUGAAAUUUCAGAUUGCUUGAGAUAGAAAAGAAGGGUAAAUUACAAUGACGAGAAAAGACAAAAAAAAAAAACCAAUUUUAAAGGAAAUAGAGAAAGUAGAGGAAAUGGAGGGACUUAUGCUAACACAAGAAGACAUAUUAGAUGCAAACAUAUCAGGAAGUGAAGAAGUAAAUACUUCUUUUGACGAAGAAUUAACAAUGCUGAUUACAAAACAAGUGAAACAGCAAUCUGAUAUGAAAAAAGAAGAACAAAUUUCAAUGGCAAAGAAAGUACCAAAACAAGCUAUAAUAAAACCAGAACAACAACCACAAUUUGUAAUGACAUCGGAAUUAGAAAACAUAUUGCGACUAACAGAAACAGUAGAGCUAGAUGUAAAGGAAGAGCUAGAUGCAAAGGAAGAGCUAGAUGCAAAGAAAGAGCUAGAAAAGCUGGAUUCCGUAGAAACAAUAGAAACAGAUGCUAUUCACAUUAAUGUUAAUAAUAACAUUUUGCUACAACCAUGCAUUGAACCUGCGUAUUCUGCGAGUUAUCAUCGAACUCAAAUAAGCUCGAAUAUAUUUCAACAUACCUGGGAAAUUGAUCGCUUCAAUUAUAUUCACAAGUUUGUAAAACAAUUAAAUUCUAUAUUUCCAAAUGCACCUCAAUAUGAGCUUUCAUUGAAAAUUAAUACAAUAUCCGAAUCUGAGGAUAAUACAUCCAAAUCUGAGAAAAUUGAUCUAUCACUUCAUCUAUUAACUCAAAUGGAAUGUAUCGGUUUAUGUACGGUUUCAUUGCGUUAUCCUCAUGAAUAUACAACAAAAAACAUAGUUUUAGACCAUGUAAAUGAUGCAGUGCUAUGUAACAUCACAGCAGCUGUUGCGACUUGGUCCAAACUUACGAUAGAGUGCACACUAGAGGUUUUCAAACAUGUUAUAGAAGAAAGUAAUCAUACUUUUUCAUUAUCGUUAUCACAUAUCAUCAAUUUGAAAAAGUCGAAUCUUGAAAAUUUGAAGUUAGAUCAGAAAUCUGUCAACUUUCUAAUAAACGGAGAACAUUACAUAAUGCCUCUAAAUUUAUUAAAGCUUUUAGACGGUAGCUAUUUUGGAAAUUUAUGCGAUAAACAUGGAAAAAAUGACAUAUUGAGCGAAACAGUAGUAGACGAGAAUCCAAUUGCUUUUAAGGAAAUGUUAUUUUAUAUUCAAACUGGUUUCAUAGCGGACGUACAUAAGUAUAAAUUGCUUCAAUGUUUAUUAAAAUUAGCUCAUAAAUAUAACGUGCUAGAUUUGAAAGCACUAUCUGAAUAUCACUUGAUACGUUUUAUUUCCAAAAAGAAUGUUGUACAUCUUGCUGAACUUGCGAUUUUACACGAUGCAAAAUAUUUACGAGAAAGUACGAUAAAUUUUAUUAAAUUUUAUACGAAUAUUCUGAGUACUCAAGAAUUUAAAUCUCUAUCGCAAAAUGUUUCGAGUGAGAUAAUUGAUUCAAUUAACAAAAUUAAAGUGAAUAAAAAGAUUAAACGUAUAGAAGACUCUUAGUGUUCUUUUAACUUGACUUUAUUUUCAUUAGAUAUAAAAACAAUCAUUAAAAUAUUUGCCGUUAUUGUCUACAGACAUAGUAUGACAGAGCGUGCCAUCGCUAAGUUGAUGCCAGCAAUAAAAGUGUGAUAGAGAGAAAGUGCACGAGUAUUCUCUUCGUCUUUUCGCAUAUAUGCAAAUUGUUUUUUAACUGAUCUGAUCAUAGACAUAAUAUAUAUCAAUCAACAUCAAUAAAUUCAUGGUAUAUGUUUAAAUUUAAUAAUUUAUUCAAUAAUUAUUUGACAUUGUAGCAAAUAUGCUUAAAAAAUUAUUUAAUAUUUAAUAUUAUUAACAAAAAAUGCAGUGUCCGGCUAUGUCAAAAAUCGCAUAAUAUCUUUUUCAUAAGCAUUUUUAAAAAUAUGUAAGCAUAUAUUUUUUAAAUAUAUAUGAUUAUAUUGUUACAGUUUUGUACAUACGCACACCGUACAUUUUC